AUAUUUAGCUGGGUUUGUUGAAGGAAUGAAAACUUGGUUCCUUUGUUUUAGACGAGUCACCUAAUCUAAUUUGGCGCAGCUGAUCUUAGCUACUGCAGAGAGCAAUUAGUGGUUAAUCAAGAGCUGCUUUCAGUAAGCCGUUGAAAAAGUUGUGGCAGCGAGCGAGAAACAAUCGCUGAUAUUGCUAUUAGAUCGUGGAAGCCAAUUACUGGUCGACGUUGUGGAAAUUACGGCCUUUCCUCCCCAAGUUCACAUGACUUGCAUUAAGACUAAAGAUUUAUGUCCAGAUUUGUGUCAUAAGAAAAAUGCUCCAGAACUUUUGACCGCGUAACUGGGGUAUAAUAUCGUUCAUCAGCUCACUUCUUCCGCAGAUGCAAUAUUUCUUUCACCCUCCCUAGCUUCUCCUGCCGACUUUGAUGGAGGAGUUGCGCAGGAUCAAUUCCGCCCUGCUAAUACCAAAAAGACAGUCUCUUUCUCUCCCAUCUUCCUCAUUGGUUUCAUGGUGUGUGUAUCAAACAGCUGGGGGGUAAUAGCUAUAGGACGGGGGAAAGAGAGAGCCUAGUCGAUAUGCACUGUGUAUCGUUGUGUGUCGGGCUUAAGACCUGCUGGCACUCGCUUGCGCGCAUAUACACACAGCCAGUCCGUGUCCGUCUGUCGAUAACGUCGCCCACAUCUUCUCUCGUUCUCAACCGCAUCAACGGAUAAUCCUUCUAUAUUUUGGCUAGAAUCCAAUUAGCAUCUGGCUCGAUUCCCUUGUUUUACACAACACCAUGUUUGACCAUUGUCGACUCGCUGUCAACAAUUGCGUAUAGCCUGAGCACGGUUCGAUCAGACUUUGGUUCAGUAUAGCUGCUGCUGGAAUAAGAGAAGGGGGGCCUUGUCGUCGUUCAAGAUGGGCGACCAGUCGAUUCCUGGCCAAGACGAAGACAUUUUCUUAGAGAACGGACGAUUGAGUUACGAGAAUCCAAACUAUCAACUUCAUUUGAACGCUGUACGUCUGGAAGACGCUCUAAACUCAAACACGGAACAUUAUAAUUUAAACUCGGCGCUACUUGGCUACAGCAUGGACGUCCUAUCGCCGCAACUUUCAAACAUGGAUCUCGGAAUGGAGCUGGAAUUGGCUCGAACUGGUUCGAGCACCAGCUUGAGUGGCGGUAAUGCCACUCGUCAAAGAAGACACUACGCUUCGCUCGAUCCGACGUCGAUGGGAGUUGACGUCCAAGUUGGUCCAGUGAUGAAUCUCGGCAGUCCGGAUUUCGACAACAAUAGGGGCGUGUUGAACAACUAUGGCACGUCUAUUGAUGCUGAACAGCGCAAGUCUGCGGUCGAGAGACAGGGCACUGAUAGCAGCAGCGUCGACACGGGCUCUCCGUCCGCAUCGGAGAGUAGCUGCGCUACGGCAACUGCUUGCGAUAGUGAACCAGACAGAAGCGAAGAGCAACUGCCACCUGGCUGGGAAAAACACGAAGAUGAUGAUGGACCGUACUAUUGGCACAUCAAAAGCGGAACUAUUCAACGUGAACCACCUGAGAACAAAGAUUCCUCGAGCCAACCAGCAAUGAAUUUUCAACGCCAAGUGGUGCGCGAAGCAGAGGCUAUUAGUGCAAGUUUCACUCCGGUGGUUCCCAGAAGCACGACUAGUUUCACACUAUCUGAUCUGGAUAGUAUCCGAUCCAAAGAGGAUAUGGCCUUCAAGAGAAGGAGUUUCCCGGUGUCACUCGGUUCCAGCGCUUCUGCCGAAUCUCGGAAUUCUGGUUCGAAAUCGCCAGCCAUCCGAUUCUCUGUCCGGUCUCUGGGUUGGGUUGAAAUAGCCGAAGAAGACCUCACACCUGAGCGUAGUUCCAAGGCCGUCAACCGUUGCAUCGUCGACUUGAGUUUGGGUCGGCAUGACUUGCUAGACGUUGUCGGCCGUUGGGGAGAUGGCAAGGACUUGUUUAUGGAUCUCGACGAAGGAUCGCUAAAGCUGAUUGAUACCGAGAGCUUUGCCGUCUUGAACAGUCAACCCAUUCACACGAUCCGUGUGUGGGGAGUUGGUCGCGACAACGGACGGGAAAGGGAUUUCGCUUACGUCGCUCGUGACCGCGUAACACGAAAGCACAUGUGCCAUGUAUUCCGCUGCGACACGCCGGCCCGCACGAUUGCCAAUACACUCAGGGACAUCUGCAAAAAGAUCAUGAUCGAACGUAAUCUACAGCACGGCUUCGGUAAACCUGCCGAAAAUGGAUCUAAUAUGGCUGUUGGUACUGUGGGUUCUAGCACGCUUUCGGCAUCUCGCAGCCGUCCCAGCAACUUACCAUCGGAACAGCGACGCCAUACCAGCAAAAUCGGACAGAUAUUGUUGUCGAGCCAGAGCUUUCCUACGCCGAUGGAAGAGCCGCGUAAGGUGCUAAAAGCGCAAUACAUUGGCAGCCUUCAAGUGCGCCGUCCAAGCGGCAUGGAAACACUCAACGACGCCAUCGAUCAAAUGGCCAGCCAAGUUCCAGCCGAUCAAUGGCGAGACGUUAAUGUGGCCGUCGCACCUUCAGUAGUUACCAUUACCGAUGCUGAGGACGAUGAGAAAAUUAUCGUCGAAUCACGUGUUCGAUUUCUGUCGUUCCUGGGCAUCGGUCGUCAGGUAGAGAACUGUGGUUUCAUCGUUCACACAGCCAACGAUGUCUACAUCGCCCACGUUCUUUGCUGCUAUCCUUCAUCCGGCGCCAUCUGCAAAACAAUAGAAGCCGCUUGCAAGUUGCGCUAUCAAAAAUGCCUGGAUGCUCACGGUGCCCUCAGGGGGCGGAUCACCAACUCAUCGUCGACAGCCCAAACGCCAACGGGCCGCAGUCUGGAAUCACUGAGUGCUACUCUCAAAUCAGUCUUCGGUUCCAUAACUCUAGGCUCGAAGAAGACGAACAAAGCUAGCGGCGAUUCGUGAAUGUUUGCUUCCAGCGCCGAACAUCUCAUCUUUUUAUUUUAUUACUUUUAUUCUUUUCAUUCGAUGAAAUCGAUGCGACGACACGAGGAAAGGAGGAUAAGACUCGUCUUGUCAUGAUGGUCAAGAGGGAUAUUCUAAUAAGCUUUAAAAAGAAGAAUGGUUUAACAUUUCCCCUAUUCAAAGAAAUAAGAUAUAUCCCCCUGCACUUAGUGUAUUUACGCCCUUCGCUCGUCUCACAAUCCCCAAGCAUCGUUUUUCGUCCAAUCGUCUCCGCUUUUCUAGAAGUUAGCUUUCGAAUUGUAUUCAUUUGUUUUCAGAUCAAAGCUAAGAGAACUCGGUUUCUUUAUGAAGACAUUUAAGAGUGCUUACAAAUUGAUUCGAUUUCUUUUUUUUUUUAAAUCUUCUACCAAGCCAGACCUCAUUUUGGAUUUUUAUUAUUUGGCUCAUUUCUCAUUCGCGAAUCAAGUGCUGAUUGCAGUUUCCAUUCAAUCCCUUUUUUGACGGCAUUUUUCGAUUGUUGGAUGCCAUCGUUUCUCUAUUUUAAUUAUUUAGUGCCAUGCGAACUUCUGCCCUCCUUUUUCUAGCAUCUCAACGUCACGUGUAUGAUGAAUCUAUUUAGUUUUGUUAACUAUUAUUCCCCGCACCAACUCUGUAAUCUCUAUACAUACGAUGUGCGACGCCUCAAGAUAUCAUCUUCAAUCCACGAGUGUUACGACGAGCCGAGUCUAGACGGUUCCAUGAGUUUUGUAACUCGAUUCACAUACACACACACACACAUCAUCUUAUAUACUGGAUAUAAUAAUAAACGACCGUUACUGAUGUCACAUUAACAAUAAACAUUUGACGUUUAAAAUCGA